AUGCUGGCAUUGCGAUUCCUCAUCUACUCGAAGGAGCUCCUUGUAACCUCCUACGUACGUACUAUUCAGCCUGCUGUUCAAGCAACCCCAGCUAUAUCCAGUGCCCCAUCUGUCUACUUCGGAUUUCCCGAGGCCCGAAUCCUUCGAUUUCCCCCGGGACCUCAUCCGCCUCUCAUCACACCAGCAUCGCAAGUGGGAUUUUCCUGGAACCACCCUUUCGAUAUACCUUCCACCGUGUACAGUUUCAGUCUUGAUGCUAGAGUCCCCUUAUUUACGGCGUGCUUCUAUAUUGUUUUUGUCUGUGUUCUCAACUAUCUCAAUAGGAGAAGGCAUUAUCGUCCUUGGCCUAUAACUCGCACAGCAUCAUUUACCUACAUUGCUUUUGCGCAUAAUAUUUUGCUUGGUCUCUUCUCCGCUUGGGCUUUCUUGGGUGUAUGUCGGACAGUCAUAUCCUCUCUCCCACCUCGGUCAAGUGCACCUUAUCACAUCACGGAUGUCUUCUGCAGAUUCGACCGCGGACAAGGGCGACUGCUAUCUGAUUACAGUCCGGCAAGUAAUACCUCAGUGCCGCUAGCUACUCUCGACAAUGACUUCUCAGGGACCUACCAGGCCGAAUCCCUGUGGGAGAGAGGUAUGAACUACUACACAUGGAUGUUUUAUAUGUCGAUGUACUACGAGAUCAUGAACACUAUACUCCUGCUAGUGAAGGGGAAGAAGGUCUCUUUCCUGCAGACAUAUCACCAUGCUGGUGUGAUCAUAUGUACAUGGGUGGUGGUAUCUACCGGACUCCACAAGCGGUUGUGGGCGUCUCCUUCAACACAGGAAUUCACACGUUGA